AUGUUCAAAGAACAAGCUGAGGUUGUGAUGCAGCCACCCAUUAACCAAAGUAUCCCAGAUCCCUCACCUUGCUCCAAGUACCAGGUGCCCUAUAACAAAGCGUGUUAUGAAGUUGUUCGUCUUAAGCGCACCUUCCACAGUGCCCAAUCCUGGUGCGAGAGAGGAGGAGGGCAUCUGGUUUUCAUCCAUAAUCAGGAGACACAGGAUUUUUUAGGUGAACAUCUGUCUAAGGAUGUCGACUGGUGGAUCGGGCUAGUUCGCAACUCACCGGAGCAGGUCGACUCAGGAGAAGAAUCUGUGACCUGGCUGGAUAUGUCUAAUGUGACUUAUAGCCGCUGGGCUAGCCAGGAGGACUCUGCGAGCAAUGGGAGAUGUGGCUACCUAAAGAAGGAAUCUGACUACCGAUGGGGGACAACAGAAAACUGCAGCCAGGAGUUCUUUUUUAUGUGUGAAUUUGAGUCUGGUCAUACCAUUGCCUGUGAUAAUCAGAAUGCCACAUUACAGUGCGGGUCAGGAGAAGUGGUGCAGAUUACCGAUAGCUUCUAUGGACGUAAGAGCCCCCAUUUCUGUACCCAGGGGAGCACCUCACUUACAACAAGUGGCUGCAGCUGGAACAGUGUUAGGGAACAAGUGGCAGGUCAGUGUCAUGGCCUCCAGGCUUGUCAAAUUGUCACGGAUGCUGCACAGUUUGGAGACCCUUGUCCUGGGUCUGGUAGUUACCUGUCUGUUUGGUAUAGCUGCAUGGAAGGUCUGAGGCUUGAUUUAGUAGAUAAAUCCUUCGUGUCCGAAAACAUAACCCUUACUAUAACAUGGCUUCUGUCAGAAUACAGCGGGAAUCUGUCCUGCAUUAUCAGCACUGGAGAUGGAUACAAUAUUGAUCCCUAUCAGCCGGAUAAUGCGUCAAGCAGUAUAGUCCACAGCUACACCUCUCCUGGAGACUUUACUGUGUUUGUAGAAUGUUCGACCAGUGAAUGGCAUGUGAUGGCACAGCGAAAUAUCAUCAUAGAGGAAAGCACUGGCAGCCUUAGCAUUACUGGUUGUUUUAGCCAACAUGAGUCCCAAGAUGACGCUUGUAGAACUGUAUACGGAGACACCUUGUGGAUUCAGGUGGAAAUGAACACAGGUAGCGACAUGAACAUCUCUAUUGUACAUGACAAUGUGACUUUAAUGGAGACCAGGCUUAACCCUCAAGAUACUCCUCAUAAUCUGACCCUGGACGUUGCAUCUCAAAGGCUUAUUGGCCCAGGAGUUCACCAGCUGCAGAUCAUUGCAUCUAGUCACAAAACCUCAGUGCAGCUCAACGCUAGUGUCACCAUACAUCUAAUGGAGACGGUGUCCGGCCUACAAGCUCACUUAUCCACCGCCACUUUGGAAGCAGGGAAAGAAUUGCAGAUAAACGUCACCAUCUCUCAUGGAUUGCCAGCUGAUGUAAUGAUCGAGAUCACAGGAUCUAAUGAUACCAUGAGACAUUCGGGGCAAUGUCUGACCACCCAGCCACAUGUAUACAAUAUUACCAUUGGCACAGCAGGAGUUUAUAUGGUCACAGUGAUUGCUGGAAAUGCAGUAUCGAACGUCAGCUUGAAUAUCGGGAACGUUACAGUGACAGAAAACCCUGAUAAAGCAAAAGAAGAAAAACAUGAAAGACAAAGUGAAGAGGGAAGAGGUUUCAUUAAAGAGAAGAUAAAAAUGCGUAUAGAACCUCGCAGAAAUAUCAGCCCCUUCUCUGACGUUACUCUGCAGUGGCCAGCCAAUACUAGUGCUAAUUUCACAUGGGCAUGCGGAUCUUGCUGGUCUGGGUGGUUUGAGUGUGUGAAGCAAAAUCUCAUUGACGUGACUUCAUAUAAGGUUGUGAUCCCUGCUAGCUGUCUCCCACCUCCCAAUGCUGCCUUCACCAUCCGGGCCGUUGUGACUUAUAGCGAUGAGGACCCUGUGGAAGAUGAGCAGUGUUUCUAUGUAACCUCCAAGGUUCAGUUCCAACCCAAAAUCAGAUGUGAGACUAACUGCAGGAAUAUGAACACUUCAGAGCCUGUGGUGUUCAGCGCUGCUUGUGAAAACUGCCAUGGUGUCACAUAUAGCUGGUAUAUCGAUACGAGCCCUUUACAGAAGUCUGAAACUCUUCCUGCUGUCUGCCAUCUACGUGAUUUUAGAACCAGUUCUUUUACGCUAUUACAAAAUGAUUUGUCCGUCCUGGUGCUGAACGGCACACUGUUAAAGGACCAUCCUGAAGGUGCUGUCAGAAUAAAGCUGGUCGCCAAGACAUCUCAUGAAUACGGAGAGGAUGUGACGGUUGUCAGCGCCCUGCCAGCUCCAGAGGUGCCAGACUGCACCAUAUAUCCCAGUGAGGGCUCGGUGCUCACCAGCUUCCGGAUCUCUUGCCUCUCUCCAUGUUCUCUCACUGAUGCCUGCAAGGAAGAUGAGCGGAUCUCCCUCACUUACUGCUUCUAUCCUAAGCCACAAUCUCAGCUCUACUGCGGUCCAAAAGGAGAGCUUCCCUCUGUGUAUUUACCUCUUGGAGACAAAGAAUUCGGCUUCCUGUUAAAUCUUACUGUUACCAUCACUAAUAACUUUGGUUAUUCAGUCAGUACCGCGGUGAAAGUGAAGGUCACGUAUGACGAGGCGAGCACCGACAGCCUGGCAUCGUUUCUGUCUCAAAGGUCAAUGCACAGUUUGAAGGAGGGAAGCGACAGCAGCUCACUCAUUCAGCUCUACAAAUCAGUGUCUUCUGUCCUCAACCAGGAGGCCCCCGACGGUGGAUCACUGCAGGCCGGCAACAAAAAAGAGUUACGCGAAGUGAUGAUCACAGCGCUCUCUGCUGUUAACGUGACCACACUGCACACGGCUCUUGAGAUGUCCGAGGUGCUGAAAGACAUCACAAUGAGAAGUGAAGAGCUGUCUUCGUCCGCUCAGGUGGAAGCCAUCAGUGUGCUGAGAGACGUCAGCCAGUCCUUGCUGACCGUAAGCAAUGAACAGGAUCCGACGAAAGAAAGAACGGCAAACUAUCUGUUUAAUGCCAUGAGUAACGUGCUGGAGGCGAGUGCAAGGAAUGGGUCUGCUGGUAACACCAUGAGUGCAGUGUCGCUACAUUUACUCGGCGCAGUAGAGACUCUGCAGAGCGCAUUACUGCUGGGAAGACUGCCGGAUAAUGAACCUAUGGUACUGAUGGCUCCGGCUGCUACCAUGUAUAUCAACAGGUUGCAGUCUGACCAAGUAGAGCGAGCAUCAGUGAAUAUUCCAGAUGGAAGCACUGCAGCGUUUACCCUUCCACCUCUAUCCACUCUGAAUCUCUUAAUGGGUGACGAAGAGGCACUGGAUCUCCGGAUGGUGAGCUUUUCAGUGAAUCCAUUCUCCUCUAGUAACUCACUUGACAUUAGUGGAUCUGUUGGGGGACUGAGCCUGACCAGGACAAAUGGAUCUGUCAUCCCUGUAAAGGAUCUCACUGAAUACAUAGAGAUAAUGUUACCCAGGGAUUCUAUGGCUGAUGGAGAGAAAAGCACUUUGUUCCUGGCUAAUCUAUCAGCUGUCAUAGUAAACAUAACGUCACCCAACUAUCCUCUUGUCAUCCAUUUGGAACCCAGUGAAGACAUAGCAUUGAUGCUCUACCUGGGCUAUGGGUAUCACCCUAAUGAAACAAACUAUGAUAUCAAUACUCAUCUGCCAAAUGGACAAUAUCCUGGAGAUAAAGUGUAUUCCUGGGUGUUAAACCCUGAGGAGCUUUUUGGGGAAGGCAGCUACUACUUGGCCAUACGACCGGAGAUGGAGGAAGAUGUUCCCAAUAUAAAUUCCAUAUCUGUAUCAGUCAUCAGCUUCACGUCCCGGUGCGUAUUCUGGGAUGAGAGCAAUCAGGAUUGGAAUAGCACUGGCUGUCAUGUUGGGCCAAAGUCUACUCCCCAUAGUAUCCAGUGUCUUUGCAACCAUUUAACCUUCUUCGGAAGCUCAUUUAUCGUCAUGCCAAAUGCUGUGGAUGUGAGCAGAACAAUCGAGCUUUUCGCUACGUUUGUAGACAACCCUGUUGUGGUGACCACAGUCGCAUGCAUUGCUCUUAUCUAUAUUUUGGUGUUGAUUUGGGCCAGGAGAAAAGAUCUCCAGGAUAAUGACAAGGUGAAGGUCAUAGCACUUGAAGAUAAUGACCCAUUUGCCCAGUAUCGGUAUCUUGUGACUGUAUUCACUGGCCAUCGAAGAGGCGCAGCAACCACAUCUAAGGUAACUAUUACACUCUAUGGCUCUGACGGAGAGAGUGAACCCCACUACUUGUAUGACCCAGAUGGAAUCGUCUUUGAACGUGGAGGAUGUGAUGUCUUCUUAUUGACAACUGUAUUGCCUCUUGGAGACGUACAGCGUAUAAGACUUUGGCAUGACAACUCAGGAGAUAAGCCUUCAUGGUAUGUGAACAGAGUGUUGGUACAUGACGUAGAAAUGGACCAGAGGUGGUACUUUCUCUGUAGCUCCUGGCUUUCCAUUGAGGUUGGAGAUUGUGUGCUGGAUAAGGAGUUCAAUGUGGCCACAGAAGAAGAUAUGAAGCAGUUUAGCAAUCUAUUCUUCAUGAAGACAUCCAAAGGAUUCAGAGACGGACAUAUCUGGUACUCUGUAUUUAGUCGCUCUCCCAGAAGCCCUUUUACUCGGGUUCAGAGAGUAUCCUGCUGCUUUUCCCUGCUGCUCUGCACCAUGCUGACCAGUAUUAUGUUUUGGGGGGUGCCCACAGACCCUGCUGAACAGAAGAUGGACUUAGGUAAGAUUGAAUUCACCUGGCAGGAGGUGAUGAUUGGAUUCGAGAGCUCCUUAUUGAUGUUUCCCAUCAACCUCCUGAUAGUUCAGAUCUUCAGAAAUGUCCGACCUAAACCAACGAAAGAGUCUUCACAAAUGGCAGGAAAAGACUGUACAUCUCAUACCGAAAAGAAAUCUUCUUCACCAGUUGUUUCCAGCUCGGCUCUUACCCCAGAUUCAGUGUUGAAGGACAUCAGAAGAAUUGCCAACUCCCUGUUUAAGGCCCAGAAGUCUCCAUUACCCAGUAUAGAUGCCGGGAAAUCAGCAGAUAUCAAUAAACUUUUAUCACUUGUAGAAGACAUCAUCCUGAGGCAGAACAGAAUUGGUCAAGAGUUUUAUGAUGAUAGUAAAAAGGAGGAGAGGUCAAUGACCCUCAGCUUGGGCUCUGUAGACCUACGUGAUGAAAUGAGGAGUCCCACCCCGGAAAAAGGACUUGAAGAGAGACACCCUAGAGGAGAUCACAACCGAUACCUUUACCGGCAGUUGCAGCACAUAGAGAGGAAGCUAGAGCUUCUUGGACCUCUUCAGUUUCAGAAUCCUCAGUGUUACAUCCAGGCUGUUUUACAAGUCCAGCAUAUGAAGGAAGUCCUGGAAAACCAAUUCUGUGCUUCUAGAUCAGCAAGUGAAAUAUAUUCCUCCACUAUGAGUCUCUCAGAGGACAAGAAGAAAAACAUCUCCAAGGGUUUGCCGUGGUGGUUUGUCUUCAUUGGGUGGUUCCUCGUCCUGGCUACUAGUGGUGUAUCUGGAUUCUUUACUAUGUUGUAUGGCUUGCAUUAUGGCAAGGAUAGUUCUAUCAAGUGGCUUAUUUCAAUGGCCAUCUCAUUUUUCGAGAGUCUUUUCAUCACUCAACCUUUAAAGGUACUUGGUUUUGCAGCCUUUUUUGCUCUAGUUUUAAAGAAAGUGGAACCAGAAGAAGAGGAAGAAACCACCAUCAAUGGAGAACUUUCAGCACCAGGAGAUCCAAACCUUCUGCUAGACUCUCCCAGAGACAGUAAGAUAUACCAGCCGCCUCCUCCUACUGAUGUCUCAAGAAUGAGGAGCAUCCAUAUAAAGGAGCAAAAGGUGUUUGCUUUAAUACGGGAAAUACUGGCGUACUUGGGAUUUCUAUGGAUGCUUCUUCUAGUUGCGUAUGGGCAGAGAGAUCCAAACUCAUACUACCUCAAUAAACACAUAGAAAAUAGCUUCGCUGGUGGACUGGAGAAAGUUUGUAGCUACCAAAAUUUCUUUACCUGGGCAAACACCACCUUGAUCAGUAAUUUAUUUGGAACUUAUCCAGGCUUUGUAACAGAUGGCAACUCAAAACUGGUUGGCAGUGCCAGAAUCCGACAAGUUCGGGUCAAGAAGGACUCUUGCCUUGUAGCUCGCGUCCUACAAACCACAAUUGAAGACUGUCGAGCUCCUUAUUCUCUGGACGCAGAAGAUAUGGAGCAUUAUAGCGAACAGUGGAAUAUCUCUGCUUUGAGCAAUUCAUCUGAUGCAACCUCUGCAUGGAGCUACAGGAGCCAGUCCAAGCUUAGAAGCCACCCAACUUGGGGUCGGCUGACCACAUACCGUGGAGGGGGCUACAUGGUGGAUCUAGGUGGUGAUCGAACUACUGCCUCUAGGAUUCUGCAGUAUCUCUUUAACAAUGUCUGGCUGGACACUUACACCAGGGCAGUUUUUGUGGAGUUUACCAUUUACAACGCCAACGUCAACCUCUUCUGCCUCGUCAGCCUGAUGUUCGAGACGAAUGCAUUAGGCACUUUCCAGACUCACGCAGAUCUGCAGAGCAUCCGCUUGUAUCCGUACACUGAUGGCUUACAUAUCUUUGUUGUGGCAGCCGAAGUGAUGUAUUUUCUCUUUGUGAUUUACUACAUGGUGGUCCAGGGGAAGCUUAUGAAAACGCUGAAAUGGGGAUAUUUUCGGAGCAAGUGGAACCUGCUGGAGUUGGCGAUAAUUCUACUCAGCUGGAGCGCCCUAUCUGUCUUUGUGAAAAGGACCAUUCUUGGAAACAGAGAUAUCCACCACUACCAGGACCACAAGGACGAGUUUGUAAGUUUUAAUGAAACUGCAGCAGCGGACGCUGCCUUGGGCUACCUCAUCGCCUUCCUAGUCCUUCUCUCAACCAUUAAACUGUGGCAUCUCAUGAGGCUGAACCCAAAACUUAAUAUGAUCACAGCAACAUUACGCCGAGCCUGGGGAGACAUCUCCGGAUUCAUUACUGUCAUUCUUGUAAUGUUUCUGGCCUAUUCCAUCGCUUGUAAUUUGAUAUUCGGGUGGAAGCUGAACUCUUACAAGACUGUGUUCGACUCUGCAAAGACUAUGGUCAGCCUUCAGCUGGGAAUCUUCAAUUACGAGGAGGUGUUGGAUUAUAAUCCAGUUUUGGGCUCUUUCCUGGUUGGAUCAAGUAUUAUUUUCAUGACCUUUGUGGUACUGAAUCUCUUUAUUUCGGUUAUUUUGGUGGCAUUCAGCGAAGAACAAAAGGAUCACCAGGUUAGUGAUGAGGAAGAAAUUGUGGAUCUCAUGUUGAUGAAAAUAUGCAGCUUUCUUGGACUACGGCAUAAGAAGGGGGAUGGGGGGCCAAAUCCAAAUUGUCAGAAUACCUGA